UCUGGACCUCCUUCCGCCAUGUUAAGGAUCUGUCUCUAUGUAAGUGUGAUCAUCAACGUCGCCUUGUCACAACAGGAAGCUGAGGAGCCUGCCACCUACACAUGCACAGAUGGGUAUGAGUAUGACGGCGAGAAGCAAGUCUGCAGAGACAUAGACGAGUGCGCCACCCUGGCCGACGCCUGCAAAGGGGGCAUGAAGUGCGUCAACCAUUUUGGCGGCUACCUCUGUCUGCCGCACAACGCCCAGAUCAUCGUCAGCAACGGCGAGGAAGAGGAGGAGGUGGCCGACCCCACGCCCCAGCCUGCCCCCCGCCUCCCCCAAGUGGCCCUCCCACCCGUCCCUGGCCCCGCCUCCGUGCCCGCCGCGGGGCGACGCCCAGUGCAGGGGCACGCCAUCCAGUGCUCCGCUGGCUUCACGCAGGACGAGCACGGCUACUGCCGAGACGUUGAUGAAUGUACAACCAGUAACCCGUGCCAGCAGCAGUGCGUCAACAUCAUGGGCUCGUUCAUAUGCAAGUGUGAACACGGCUUCGACUUGGCCCCCGACGCCGUGUCGUGUCAAGACAUCAACGAGUGUGCCUUCUCGCCGUACAUGUGCCAGGGCGAAUGUGUGAACCAGCCGGGCAGCUACGUGUGUGUGUGCCCAGAGGGGUACCAGCUACAGGGAUCUCGCCUCUGCCAGGACAUAAACGAGUGUGAGACGGGUCAUAACUGCCGUGAGGACCAGAUGUGUUGGAACUACCACGGAGGGUUCCGCUGCUACCCCAGGGACCCGUGCCACGAGCCCUACAAGCAGACCGGAGAAGGGCGCUGUAGUUGCCAGACCCCUGCCGUGUGUCGAGGCUUGCCCCCCUCCAUCGUCUACAAGUACAUGAGCAUCUCGUCGGAGCGCACGGCCCCCGCCGACAUCUUCCAGAUCCAGGCCACCAGCGUCUACCCCAACAUGGUCAACACCUUCAGGAUCAAGGCAGGCAACGAGGGAGAGGAGUUCUACCUCAGGCGCACCAGUAACGUGAGCGCUAUGCUGGUGAUGACGCGUCCGCUGCGGGGCCCCCGGGAGCACGUGGUGGACCUGGAGAUGGUCACCCAGAACAGCGCCCUCAACUACCGCUCCAGCUCACUCCUCAGACUGACCAUCAUCAUCGGACCUCACCCGUUCUAAAUGACACGCACACACACACACACACA